AUGUGCUCUUUCAGGUUCGUUGUGGAAAAGAUUGUCGAUCACGUCGUCCUCAAGGGCGAGCUGAAGUUUCGCGUCAAGUGGGAGGGCUACGAGGACAAGGCCGACCAGACGUUGGAGGAUGAAGAGAACCUAAGAGAGAACGCCUCGGUGAUCCUAGACGAGUACCUGGCCAAGGUCGGCGGCCGCGAAGCGAUACUGGCGCAGUCGGCCAAGGGCAAGAAGCGCGGCCGACCGGCAAGGGCAGAUACACCUACCAACGGGGCCAAGAAGAGCAAACGCGGAAGUCACCCGGCCUCGGCCACGCCUCCGGCCAGCGCCGGCAAACCCUGGACGCCGCCCGCCGGAUCGUGGGAGGACAUGGUGUCCUCGAUAGAUGCCUGCCACGACGAGACCACGGGGAGGCUGACGGUGUACUUGACGUGGACGAAUGGCCAGAAGACGCAGCACGACACCAAGAUUGUCUAUUCGCGGUGUCCGCAAAAGAUGCUGCAAUUCUACGAGCAACAUGUCAAGAUCGUCAAGACGCCGGGGGACAUUGAUGGCUGA